AUGCAGUGGCCUACCAAAUUACUACUACUGGCUGGACUGGCCGUGUGCUGUGCAUAUGCAGCCGAGGUUAAGACAAACCGUAACCCCAGAAUAGUGAAUGGAUCCUACGCCCCUACUACGCCGUACAACGUAUAUGUGUUAUACCUGAACUCCGGCAAUGCCGGAUUCUUUGGUGGUGGUUCCCUGAUUUCUGAUCGCCACGUGUUGACGGCAGCGCAGAACAUUCAAGGGUUUGUGCGAUGGGAAAUGGGACUAGGCAGUACCGUUUUCUCCCAGUUGAGCACGAUGGUGUCUACUCAAGCAAUCCCGCAUCCGUCGUUCAAUAGUGUGAAUCGUGCCAACGAUAUCGGCAUUAUCAUUCUACCAUCUCCAGUCGCGUUUACGGCGACUGUAUCUCCGGUUACACUUCCGGUUCUUAAUCGCCAUACACCAUACGAAAAUGAGGAAGGCAAAAUCGUAGGAUUUGGAUUCAACUCAGUUAAUGGGCAAGUUAAUGCAGAUUUCUUGAUGCUUUCGUAUCAAAGAGUGAUUGGUGAUAGUCGGUGUUCCGGAAUCUUUCAAAUAACGCUCCCAUAUCAUUUCUGUGCGGAGGAUACCCUGUAUCGCUCGAACAUCUGCAACGGCGAUCUUGGUGCUGGAUUCAUUAUUCUGGAUCAACGCGUUGAAACACUGGUCGGUGUUGCCUCGCUUAUUACUGCAUCGUGUGAUUCGCAGCAACCCACUGGCUACACGCGUAUUUCUUCGUACCGUCAAUGGAUCCGGGACAGCACUGGAGUUUAG